AGGGCGCCCUCGCAUUUUACCCUGUCAGAGAGAGGAACGCAAUGGCGGCGAUCACCAGAGUUGAUCAUGCUUUUGAGCUCAGUUCGUAUAGAGAUCAGCAUUUCAGGGGUGCACUUGACCAUCAAGAAAAGCUUUUAAAGAAGAGUACAACUUUGUACGUCGGCAAUCUCUCCUUCUUCACUACAGAGGAACAAAUCCAUGAGCUUUUUUCAAAGUGUGGUGACCUGAAGCGAAUCAUCAUGGGCCUUGACAAGGUCAAAAAGACGCCCUGUGGUUUCUGCUUUGUAGAAUAUUACACAAGAGAGGAUGCUGCUAAUGCUUUGAGAUUUGUGAGUGGGACUCGUCUGGAUGAUCGCAUCAUUAGAACAGAUUGGGAUGCUGGAUUUCUUGAAGGGAGGCAGUUUGGUAGAGGCAAGAGCGGAGGACAGGUGAGGGAUGAGUAUAGGACAGAUUUUGACAGUGACCGAGGAGGCUACGGGAAAGCAGCUUUAAGACAGCUACAAACCCUUGACCAGAAUAUGUUCUGAGAAACUGUUUUUUAUAGCGUAAAGAGAUGAUACAACAUUUCACUGUUGAAGACAAGAGACUGUCAUUAUGUCUGUGUUUUCGAAAAAAUGCAGAUGACCUUAUACCGCUGAAUAUACCUGAAGUUUUAUUUCUGAAAUUUCUCAUUUUGAAAAUAUGAAUAAAUGUCCAGUUGUAAUUUUAACAGGGUAUGUAUUCAUAAUUUUUAGGAAUGGAUGCGAAAAGUUGAACUCUAACUAAUAGCCAAACAAUCUUUUGAAGGAAAGUUUAAUUGAUAAUUAUUGUGUAAACCUCUGGAUCUUAUUAGUGUUUUCUUUCUGAUGUCAUAAAUGCAGCAGAAAGCAUAUCAUUAGAACAACAAUGAACAAUUCUGUUUUACUUUAUUUUACUGAGAACUGUGUGACAUGUGAUUAAAGUGAUGCUUUUUAAUUUUAAAGCUAUAAAAAUGAGGUAUUAUUUUCAGUAUUUGUUUUGCCUGGGAGAAAGGUAUGCCGUUUUGGUUUUUGUAAGAGUUAGUUCAUUUCUACCCAUAAUAAUUAACACAUGAAAAGUGAAUUCAUUGAUACUCAUUUUCCACUAAGCUUUUAUUUUAAUGGUUGUAAUGUUCGUUAUGUUGGACAUGGUAGUUGUGUAACUUGUGUUUUACUUGUUUUGUAAAUAAAGUAUUGUGUGAUAGCAGCAUA